AUGAUUUCAUCUACACAAUCCCGAGGCUGUGCGACACCCCGAGAGGACGACAACCGCGCUGAAAGCCACAAGUUGAAUGCACACACUGCGUCCUGUUUCUGGGAAAUGAUUGAGCAACCUUGGGAGAUGUACUGGUUGCUGAUGAAAAAGGGCGAAAACUGCCGCGGCAUAAGCCUUAUUGACGUCAGUAGAAGCGAAGAGACGAGUCCCAGGAAGCAGGUGGAUCGUCUUGUACACGCCCAAGUUCUUCAUCUUCUGAAAUUCUGUCUUAAGACAUACCUCAUUUUCGAUGGGACAAUCUAUGAGCAGGUGAAGAACACACCAAUGGGUUCGCUGAUUUCGGGAUUCCUCGCCGAGGUGGUCGGACAACGGGUAGAUUCGCUGAUCUUCCGAACACCAGAGACCGAAGUUCUGGGUCCGGUAUGUGCAUGUUAUAUUUGUCUUUAUCAAGCGGGAUCAACUCCUGACAUAAAAAGAACGUCUCAACGCAGUCGUCCCCGAAAUAUAAUUUAAGAUGGGGGAGGAGGAGGAGAAGAACCAGUGGGUCUUCCUGGAUGUCCUCGUACGUCGCAAAUAUUGUGGUGGCCUAAAGACCGAAGUGUUCAAGAAAGCAACAAUUAGGACGCAAGUACUGAGCUUCACUAGCAACUAUCCAAUCAGCCACAAACGCGGUUGUGUAAGGACGCUCUAUCGGCGUGUCGAAACGCACUGCAGUGAGACGGAAGACAAGAUUGCCGAACUAAAAUACCUCCGACGAGUCUUCAAAGCCAAUGGCUACCCGCGCAACUUCGUCAACCGGUGCAUACGCAAAAGGGACGAAAGUUCAAACCGCACGGACCCCAAAUUUUGGAGAGCGCUUCCGUAUGUCAAGAACGUUUCGGAAGCUGCUGGCCGCCUUCUCCCACCACUUGCGGUUGGAAUUACACACAGACAGGAGGCAACCAUCAGGCGUCAGGUAAUGAAACCGAAAGACCCGCUGCCACGACGAGAAACGUCGGGAGUCGUUUACAGGAUCUGGUGCAGUUGCGGGCAAAGCAACUACGUCGGAAAAUCCGUAAGACAGCUCGGAACGCGAAUGACCAAAUGCGCUGCAGCGGUGCGGAGAAAUGACGCUGGCUCUCAAGUUGCGGCCGAAAUUCUCGAAAGAGGUGACAACCGCGGGAGCCGGGAGCUGCUCGAGUCAUGGUUUACUGGGCCCAGAUCAUUAACAGGUGCAGCGACCUUACCCAUCCGUACUCGGAGCUGAAACUUCUCCUAGUUGACACAGUUCGGUGAGUCAGAUGAUCGAGCAAUCAUCACACCAACAUCCAACACCCGUGGUGAAAUUUCAGCAAUCGCCCGACGACCGCAAUCGCUGUCUCCACGACCGCGCCUGUUCCAACCUCCAUGUCGGCGCCCAGCCUCACCGGUGUUGCUUCAAAUUCCUGCGCCACACCGUCGUCGGCUACAACCAGCUCCAUUACCUCUGUCACAGCCUCCACGUCGACGAAGAACACAACCACCUCUACCACCACUGACCAAAAUGCUCCUGACGUCCUGACAACCACUAACACAUUUGCCAUCACCAUUCCCACCUCCAGCGAUGCGAACUCGGUUCAAACCUGUCCUCACUGCGUCCGCACACUCGAUUUGCGCAUCGGCCUGGUCUGUCACUUGCGGGCCCAUCGCACAGAGACUGGCAGACCAGUACCUGGAGCACCGACACACACCAAAUGCCAUCGCCUCAUCUGA